GUCAUUUCCGGUGUACACAGACUGGUUGUCGGGGGCGCGGGGGGCGAGGACGCGUCGCAGGAAAUGACCUAAAGGCCUUACAAAUACGAUUGUGCAUUCUUGCCUCAGACUUUACAAUUAAGCAUAAACUCAAUCUGGAAGCAACACUUAUUAAUGUUACAAAGGAAACAACUACCUCAGAAAAACAGAAGAAAAGGAAGAGGCAGCUUGGCAACUUGAAAUAAAAAACACUCCAGUUUUUAAUAACUCGACUUAAGAAAAAAGAAGACAUUUUAUUUUUUUUUCCCUGCAGCGUUAAGAAGAAACACUACAGGUAAAUGGAUUUGGCAGACCGGCUCUGUCAAAAAAAUGCAGAGAAUUGAUCUGUCAGAAGGACUUAGUUUAAAAUAAAGUUUCUUUGCACUGCUUUUAUAGUUGCUGUUGAUCAGUGUAUGGGUUUUUUUUUGUUUUGUUUUACUUUUCUGAUAUAUUAAUGGAAAAUAUUAAGAUACAUUUUAAAAAUUAAGGUUAUUUUCUGCCAGUAUAAAAAGUAUCAGGUGUCAAAAUAUCCUGGCAAAAUUAUUAUAAGUAAAAGAUUUUCUCUUUUUGACAAUUGCAUCUUCUUAGGGAGAGAAUAGAAUACUAAACAGGAAAGACUUUCAGUUUUCACUUUUGUGAAUUGUAUCUGCAGCAGGGCUGCAUUGGAAACAUUGACACCGUAAUCCUGCCCCUCGCCUUGUUGCUGAGACACACUGUGGAGGUGCCUGCCUAUUGGAAAUGCCUUUUAUGGAACUUUUGUUUGCAGUCCUCUACUAUUAUUAUACAUAACCACAAUUCUCAAGGAAUAGAAUUGGAAAGCUGAUUAAUUCAAGGACUUUUGGACAAUUUCUUACUUAUGUAUUGUUGUAGUGCCCAGGAAAGUAAAAUGGACUACAAGCGGCGCUUUUUGCUUGGCGGGUCCAAGCAGAAAGUGCAGCAACACCAGCAGUAUCCAAUGCCUGAGCUAGGCAGGACCCUGAGUGCCCCCCUGGCAUCAGCUGCCUCAGCAUCCCCUUUGGUCUCUGCAGCUGCUGCAAAUAGCUGCAACCAUGCUGUAGCCCACACUACUCCAAUUGCAGACAUCCAGCAGGGAAUCUCCAAAUAUCUGGAUGCACUCAAUGUGUUUUGCCGUGCAAGUACUUUUCUUACAGACCUUUUCAGCAGUGUAUUUAGGAACUCUCCCUAUUCAAAGGCAGCUAUGCAACUGAAGGAUGUGCAGGAACAUGUCAUGGAAGCAGCCAGUAGACUGACAGCAGCUAUAAAACCAGAAAUAGCAAAAAUGCUGAUGGAAUUGAGCUCUGGAGCUGCUAACUUUAAAGAUCAAAAGGAAUUCAGUCUCCAGGAUAUUGAGGUACUGGGCCGAUGUUUCUUGACAGUGAUGCAAGUUCAUUUCCAGUUUUUGUCCCAGGCAUUACAGAAGGUGCAGCCAGUGGCUCUCUCCUGCUUUGCUGAAACAGUAGUGCAAGAAAGAAAGAGUGUUAGUGGCAAUGGGAAAGCUUGCUUAAGUCCUACAACUGAACUGGAAGAUGCAUUAAGAUCUUGGAGAGGGGCUGCAGAGGCAACAUCGAGGCUGAGAGAGAGAGGCUGUGAUGGCUGUUUGGCUGGAAUCGAAGUUCAACAGCUCUUCUGUUCACAGAGUGUGGCAAUUCCUGAACACCAACUUAAAGAACUGAACAUGAAAAUUGACAGUGCUUUGCAAGCGUAUAAAAUAGCUCUGGAGAGCUUAGGCCACUGUGAAUAUGCAAUGAAAGCUGGUUUCCACUUGAAUCCAAAAGCAAUUGAAGCAAGUUUGCAGGGCUGCUGCAGUGAAGCUGAGGCUCAGCAGACAGGGCGGAGACAGACUCCGCCACAGCCAAUCCAGUGUGAGCUCCCCACAGUCCCUGUCCAGAUAGGAUCACACUUUUUGAGAGGAAUAUCUUUUAAUGAAUCUGCAGCUGACAACCUGAAGCUAAAAACGCAUACAAUGCUACAACUGAUUAAAGAAGCAGGCUGUCAUAAUGGAAUUACAGCAAGGGAUGAUUCUCCUGUAACUGAAGUCUUGAACCAGGUUUGCCCUUCCACUUGGCGAGGGGCCUGUAAGACCGCUGUGCAACUACUAUUUGGCCAAGCUGGACUGGUGGUGGUUGAUACAGCACAAAUUGAAAAUAAAGAAGCCUAUGCUCCCCAGAUUAGUUUAGAAGGUUCCAGAAUUGUGGUUCAAGUCCCAUCAACAUGGUGCCUGAAGGAAGACCCUGCAACCAUGUCUUUGCUCCAGAGAAGUCUGGACCCAGAGAAGACUUUGGGCUUAGUAGAUGUACUUUAUACAGCUGUGUGGGACUUAAAUCGGUGGAAGGAAGGAAGGGAGCAAGCUUUGCCUUCUAUUCAGAUUCAACUUCAACGUGAGAUCACUGACUUUGGGAAUCAAGUUGAUAUGCCUCCUGGAAAUGGAAAUAAAUCAUCAGGAGGCUUGCAAAAGACGUUCUCAAAACUGACUUCACGGUUUACAAAGAAAACUUCGUGUGCCACUUCUAGCAACAGUGCAAAUUAUUCUAUCCCAAAUACCCCUUCCAAAAAUGUUUUUAUAUCUGGAAGUUCUGAAGAGAAGGCUAAAAUGCCCAGUAAUAUUGAUACAAGAUUACAAAGCAUUUUGAACAUUGGUAAUUUUCCAAGGACUGCAGACCCAUCAGCCCAAAGUGCCAGUAAUCAGAUGGUUAAUGGCUUUCUAAUUGAACAUAGGGAAAAUUUCUUCAAAGGAGAUGAUGGUAAUGAUGACAAAGGUAUGAAUCUCCCAAGUGAUCAAGAAAUGCAGGAAGUUAUUGAUUUUCUAUCUGGCUUUAAUAUGGGCAAGUCUCAGCAGGCUUCCCCAAUGGUGAAAAGGCGUAACUCUGUUGCAUCUACCACAACUGAGACAAAAUCAGGGACACUGCAGCCCCCACAGUCACAGCCACAAUCAGUAGCACAUGUAACUUUGCAUCCUUCUCAGCGAGGGUUAACACAGCAACAGCCACCAUCCCCUAAACAGCAGCAGCCACAGAUGCAAUAUUACCAACAUCUGCUUCAGCCUCUAGGGCCACAGCAGCCGCAGCCACAGCCACAGGCACGGACACCUGGAAAGUGGCUUAGUAGCUCUUCACAGCAGACUGCCCAGGCAAUUGGAACUGGAUUGUCUCCUCUUGGCCAGUGGAAUAGCCCUGGCCUUUCAGAUCUGAGUCCUGAUUUAUAUAGCUUGGGUCUCGUGAGUAGCUACAUGGACAACAUGGUGUCUGAGGUAUUAGGACAAAAGCCACAAGGACCUAGAAAUAACACAUGGCCAAAUCGUGACCAAAGUGAAGGAGUCUUUGGGAUGCUGGGAGAAAUUCUGCCUUUUGAUCCUGCAGUUGGCUCAGACCCAGAGUUUGCCCGCUAUGUAGCUGGGGUAAGCCAGGCUUUGCAGCAGAAACGGCAAGCCCAGCAUGUCCGUCGCCCAGGCAACGCACGGAACAACUGGCCUCUUCCGGAUGAUACCCAUCGUACCUGGCCCUUUCCUGAGUAUUUCACAGAAGGUGACAUGAUAAAUAAUAGCUGGUCAGGCACUCAGGGAGACUCCGCCAGCUCAAGUGACGAGACAUCCUCUGCUAAUGGCGACAGUUUGUUUUCCAUGUUUUCGGGGCCAGAUCUUGUUGCUGCUGUUAAGCAGAGAAGGAAACAUAGUAGUGGUGAACGAGAGACUGCCACACUACCAUCACCACCUCUUCUUUCCACAGUGGAUGACCUUAAUCAGGAUAAUAAAACCAAAACGUGGCCUCCAAAGGCCCCCUGGCAGCAUCCUUCACCUCUAACCAACACACUGCCUAGUCAGAGCCCGUCUUUGUAUCAUAUUACCAAUCCUGUCAGCCAGUGGAAUGACACAAUGCAAAUAUUACAAUCACCAGUUUGGUCUACAGCUGGUGACUGUGCUCCAUCAACAGGGAUUUCCUCUACAUUUGCCUAUGGGCAGCAAGCCCAGGCCCAGGCGCAGGCACAGCAGGCAGCAGCCCAGCACAAACCCAUGAACAAGGGCUUUAAGUCUUUUCCAGUGAAGCAAGAGCGCAGACCAUCCUACCUACAUCAGUACUAAUGGCUUCAUACAUCGGAAGGAAACUGGUUGUCUCAUCAGCAGUGACGGGUGGCUGUGAAUGGGCCUUCACAGUUCUAUGACAAGAUAAAGCUAUUUUGUGGACAUUCUGUUUGAUUAAACAUGGCAUUAUGUCUGGUUACUUCUACAAAGGAAGAUCCCAUUGAAAUUGACAUACACAUGCUCUCCUGUUGAGCAAAUGAGGCCACUAUUUUUGUUAGGCACACAAAGCAGUUCAGACUGUAACAUAGAAGAGCUUUUAAAAUGUGUAUAUGACCUUUACUUUCUAGACCUUUUUUAAAAAAUAUUGCUAAAAAAAUACUACCAUACCAAACACUAUUUUAUAGCUAUUUUUUCAUAUAGAUUUAUAGUUAAAACAUCUCUUGCCUAAAAUGCAUUUAAUAUUUUAAAAUAACAAAUGAAGUGGUCAGAGUUUCGCUCAACAUUGUCCUUAUUUAAGUUUAUAUAUAAAAUGAGCAAAUGAUAAAACCUUUAUACGCUAAGGUGAGCAAUUGGGCCCUGUGGGUUUUCUAUGGGAGUGACAGCCAGCAGCUUUUCAGAGUAUACCCCUGGAAGCUGGUAGUUGCAACUCUGUUUGCAAAGCAUUGUCAGUCUGAAGGUUGCAGUAUUGCCCUACUGUAAGCAUAGAUCAACAAGGACCUCUAAAUGAGGAUCACAAAUGGCAGUAGCUUAUCUACCCAAGGUAGGCAUGUUUUCACUUGGUAAGAGGGGAAGUUGAUCUUGAUUCACAAUUGGAUACUUCUCCAUUUGGCCAAAGGCCUUGUCACCUUUGUCUUCCUUUGAUGUGAUGAAGUAUAGCAGUUAAAAGACAACUUCACUAUUUUCAGACACUGUAUUUACAAUGACAUUUGUGAGCUGGCUCAGAAAAAAAACAAAUUGAAAUUUGGGAAGGAAUUAGUUGAAGACAGUGCUGCUUUCAAAGUAAGGAAAAAAGAGAACUCAGUUCAGUUAAUAUGUGCCAUUAAAUAGAUAUAACCUGUGGAAUUAGAAAUAUUUUCCAACCAAAGUGGAUUUAGAAGAGUUGAAUGGUGCUUACAUUGAGAAACAAUGAUAAAUAUAUGUAUAGUUACCCAUUGUACAUUAAUUGAGGUUACAGAAGAUUCUUUAUAUAAAGCUUAUUUAAAUUUUCAUAUUUCAUUUUUGAAAGAGUCUAACUGAUUAAAAUCCACAAUAUUUUCUGGUAUGAAAGUUUUGACAGUAUUAAUCUUAUUUUUAUAUUUUCUUAAAUCAUUAUACCAUUCUAAUAUGUGUUAACUACCAGUAAGUGGGAUAUUAAUUUUAACGCCACAUAAACUUUUUUCAGCAAAAAUAGUAAUAGCACAUUUAUGUUCUCAUUUUUAUAGACAUAAAUGAAUCUUAUAUUUAAAGAUACCAAAAAAAGGAUAUACAAAACACUAAUAUAGAGAGAUUCAGGGUGUCUCAGCCCAACCUCCACCUUUUCUGUUGUAUGAUGCUGGGUCAAAUUUUUAGCCCCAGAAUGUGAUUUUGUGUGUUGUUCGAAGAUGCCAAUGUUGCCUGUAUUUAUGAUAUUGUCACCAUGUUUUCUGAAAAUUCACACUCACCAUGUUUACAGAGAAUUGUUUGCUGUACAUAGACUUUUUACAGGAAUGUGCUUCGCACUGUCAUUGUGUGGCUUUUGUCUGUGUAAAUUGUCAGUGUCCGCAUUCGUUUUACUUUGGAUGUCCUCCUGCUGCAAUUGUUAGACUGUUUUGCUUGACAGAUGGUGUUUGGUUUCCUAAAGUAACAUGUCCACAGUGCCCUGAAUCCAAAGUUCUAUUACACUGAAAUACUAUGAUUCAUCAAUGUCUGCCCAAAGGUCUCACUGCUGGAUGGGUAGUUCUUUCUGCUCUGACAUAUUGCUCAGCACAGGUGCCAUCCCUGUCUUCCUUUGUCCAAUUUGUUUGUGUUUUGAAUUAAGGCAUUUUCUACCUGGAGUCAGAGUGAGCUGUGGAGACUGUGAGGUGAAACCAUUGGUGUGUCUCUGCAUGGGUGCUAUGUCCCUGGAGUCUGAGUGAGCUGUGCAGGCUGUGUGAGGUGAAGCUGUUUGUGUGUGUCUCCGCAUCGGUGCUAUGUCCCCAGCUCCCAGUCCUUCUGAGCCCUGGUGCUUCCAGGUGUGUUUGUGGCAGACACCAAACCUGCCACAAAGGGGCUUGUCAUCCACUGCUGAGUACAAAGGCUCGGUGCUUUCUAAUGUUAAGUUAACUUGCCCUUACUGCAGUGCUUCAUGUGAAUCGUUCAGUGCUUCUGAACUGGAACUGUAUAUUUUGUAUUUUACUUCUAAUGCUCCUGUAAGUAAAAUAACUAUUUGCUUUAUUAAAGAUAUACAUUUAAUAAUA